GACAACGAGAGUCGGAACCCGGCGAGGACUUGCCUGGCCCGGGGGGAAGGGGAGGCGGCGGACAGGGUUCCGGAAGUUGUUGCAAGUGGGAGCUGGCAGCUAUGACUGAAGAAGCCAACACACAUUUUCUACAGAACUGUCACUCUGUCAAGAAGAGAAAGAAGAAGAAAAAGAGAAACGGAGAGCACACUGAGAGCUUUGCGAGUGACAGAGACAAAUGUGCCUCGAGCAUGGAUGCCUGCUCUCCUCCUCCUGUGCUUUCUGAAGAUCAGGGUUCACAGAACAGUGAAUUGCAUAAAAAGAAGAAAAAGAAAAACAGGAAAGAGAAUCUUGCCACAAGUCUAGAUGAUUCUCUUAUUUUGUGGGAGGGUGAAAUUAAUAACAAGACUGUAAUAGAUGCUUCCCAAGAGAAAAAGAAGCAAAAGAAACAGAAGCACAAAAAGAGCAGUAGCCUGCAUGAGGAAAACAGUGUAUUAUAUAUCUCAGAAGACGAAGAUAAUGCUAGCAGCCUGGACCCUUUAGGGAAUGUCGAUUGUGUAAUUGUACCUACUAAGACAAAAAAAAGAAAAAAGAAUUUGUCAGAGGAACAGGAUGAGGUAAAGGAAGUGCGUGCUUUUGAUGAAUAUGCUUCCAAAAGGCAAAAAAAGAAAAAAAAAAGGGAACAGACCAGUCUCAGUCAUACACAAGAAGCCACAGAUGAAAACUUGGCAUCAUUACUUCUGUCAUGUGCAAAACAAAAUUCUGCCUCAUUGCAAGAGGUAAAAGAUAAGAUGGUAAAGUUGAGGUCACCUACAGCAGUGCCCAGAAAGGGUUAUAGAGGUGGAGAGUCUUCCAAUCAGGCAAACUCAGAAGCUACAGAAAUUUUUUUUGCAUUGAAGAAAGGUCCCAUGGAUAUACCCACUGCUAUUCCUACGGUUACUUCAGGAGUUGAUAAUGGCUCUUCUGAAGAAGUCUUGGUGCCAGUUAGAAAGAUUAAAAAGAGACGGAGAUCAAGCUUGCAACAAGUACCGUCAGAACCUGAGAAAAAAUUACCAGUGUCAGUGGCAUUUGAAAAUGAGGAAGACCAGAAUGUUUCCCUUUCUGAAUAUGCAGACUCUGAAAUCUCCAUGUUGAAAAAUGAAGAGUUCCUGGAAUCUAUGCCACUGUUGCAACUAGAUUUGGAGGCUGCAAAACAGGAACUAGAGGAGUUUAUUCCUCACGUGAGGAAAAUGUCAGAUGAAUCUAUCCUGAAGAUGGCUGGAAGAGACCUGAACAGGUUUAAAAAAUUUAAGAACGAAGGUGUUGCUGUCAAGUUUGGCAGGUUUUCUAAGAAGGAAAAUAAUCAGAUACAGAAAAAUGUGGAAGACUUUUUAUCACUUACAGGACUAGAAAGUGCGGAGAAACUAUUAUUUACUUAUAGGUUCCCAGAAGAGAAACAAAGCAUCACUAGAUUGAAAGUAAAAUAUGGAUUUUGUGAGAAAAUUGCUAAGAGAAUUCCUCGACCUUGGAGACUGAUAUAUGUGCGGGCAAGGAAGAUGUUUGACCCAAACAACUAUAAAGGCCGGUAUUCUGAGGAUGAGAAAGAACAAUUGAAGAGAUAUCAUGCUAUGCAUGGCAACAACUGGAAGAAGAUUUCUGAGAUGAUGAACCGUAGCAACCUCUCAGUUGCUCUCAAAUAUUCGCAGAUGAAGGCCCAAAUUAAUGCUGGUCCCUGGACAAAGGAGGAGACCCAGAGGCUAAUUAAAGCAGUAGAGGAGAUAAUUCAGGAACGAGCCAUAAAGGAAGACUCAGAUUCUCUUUUCUUGGAAAACUCAGAAGAAACUCUUUCAGUUGAGCGUAAAAAACUCUACAAGAACCUACCUUGGGUUGAUAUACAAACCAAAGUAGGAACUAGACAUUGGAGACAGUGUAAAUCUAAGUGGCUUUCAGUUCUAACGAAGAAGAUGUCCAAUGGGGAGGCGCUAUAUCAUGGGACAAAAGGGUUGCGAGCUAAAAUCAAUCUCAUUGAAAGGUUGUAUAACAUGAAGGUGGAAGAUGCUAAUGAAAUAAACUGGGAAGAGCUCAGCAGUGUCUUUGGAGAUGUCCCUGAAGCGUAUGUUCAGGGUAAAUUUUCUAGGCUAAAGGCUACGUAUGUUCCCUUCUGGCACUCGAAGUCUUUUCCUGAAAUCAUCGAUUACCUUUAUGACGAGACAAUUCCAUUGCUUCAGAAAAAGUUAGAAAAACAGCAGGACAGAUUUUCUUAUGAAAAUUUGUCUUCCAGCCAACAGAAAAAGCUUUUCCGAAUCAGUGAUAUCUUUGAUGACAGCAAGGAGGAGGGUAAUGACCCUGGUGGCAAUAAUUGAUUGUUAUUAAAGGCGCGCUCUUUUCCCCCAUAUCCAAAAUGCCAAAUUUUGGUCCUCUUGAAUCCAGGAUUAGAUGAAGGGCUAAUAUAUAUAUAACUAUGAAAUAACUGUCAGAGCAAAGGCACUUCUGCAUAUUUCUGUUGUUUUAUGUGGAAGCGUGUGAAGUUUACUUAAUUUUUUUAAAUUUUAGGCAGCAUCGUUGUUAUAUUUUCUUUUGCUUUUUUGAGGAACACACUAGCACAUUUUUAAUGCUGUAUCUACUACACAUUGGGCAUAUCUACAGGUGUGAUUAAUGUGCCCCAGAGCUUAUUGCCCUAAAGUUUAUUCAUGUGCAGCACAUGGAGUCCAGUCGGAACAGCCCUGGGCUGGCGGGCUGACCCCUGGGUCCCCUGCUGUCCUGGGCUGCUCCAGCUGGGCUUCAUGUGUUGUGGAGUGGCUGGUUGAGGCAUAAGGGGGCUUCAGUGUGGGGGCUACCUGCUGGCUAGCCCUGCACUGAAGCAUCCUGUGCUCUAGCCAGCUGGGGCAACGUCUACACGUGCGCGGCUGCACAUGAAAAACUCUGCAGCAGGGUAGUACUCGUAAUUACUGCAGAAUUAAUUAGUCAACUGUGCAGUAAACGUCUUGUGUAGAUGUGCCCAUUUGGUAACAAACCUGUUAAGCCUCUUUGCUUGACUUUGGUAUCAACACCUUAAAGUUUAAUUUAGGUUUUUUAAAAAAAAAAUGUGUAAGUCCUUUUGUUCUAAGUUUAUGCAAGCAGAAAAAAAAUUGCUUUUCUGCAUAUGUGUUACAACAAACCUUCAGUCAGUAGCUUAGGUAACUUGAAGGGACCUCCUGUUUUAAGAGAGAAUAAUCUUAUCUGGAGAUAAUCAUUGCAUUUUAGAGUUGAGUUAGGACUUUUUAGACCCUUUGUUAAAUGUUUUCUACAUGAUUGAAAUAUGCUGGUUGUUAGUAGCAUCAAUUUGCUGUUGGCCAGACUGCAGAGAAGUAAUUGCUGCAUAGCUCAUAUACGUUGUUAAUACUGGUAGUGACUAUAUGGUCCCUUCCCUUCACGCCCCUAUUUGGCCUUUGUUCUGGCUGGUUGAGGUAAAUCCAUUUUAUGGUAAAGUUUUAUAUAAACUCAGUUGAUUUUUUUUUUUUUUUUUUUUUUUUU